CGAGGCGGGAUGAUGAGUGUUACGCUCGCUGGUGCUUCUAGUGCGGUAUCGCCUGUAAGCACAAGGCUGUGGACUGGCGUGAUCUCCUCAUCGUGCACAGGACAGAAAUAAAGAUAAAGACCUCAUGGCUCUGAAAGGAAUCCAGGUUAUCGAGCUUGGCGGCUUGGCUCCAGCACCGUUCUGCGGGAUGAUUCUAGCUGACUUCGGAGCAACAGUCAUAAGAGUAACAAAGAUUGGUGAAAGGCUUGGAAUGGACUCGCUAGCAAAUGGGAAGAAAAUACUGGCCCUUAACUUGAAGUCCCAGAAAGGACAAGAUGUACUGUGCCAGUUGAGCAAAGUUUCGGAUGUGCUUAUAGAGCCAUUUAGACCUGGUGUGAUGGAAAAAUUGGGCCUUGGCCCCAGCACGCUACUUGAAAAGAAUCCGAGGCUGAUUUACUCUCGUCUCACUGGUUUCGGGCAAUCUGGUUACUACUCUAGGGCCGCUGGUCAUGAUAUAAACUAUGUUGCUGUGUCAGGUUUGCUGUCGCUGCUCGGACGCAAAGGCAGCAAGCCGACCGCGCCGGUCAACUUGAUAGCCGACUUCGGAGGAGGGGGCCUGAUGUGUGCGUUCGGGAUUGUCGCCGCCCUCUUGGAGCGGACGUCCUCGGGACGCGGCCAGGUCGUGGAUGCCAACAUGGUCGAAGGAUCUGCGUACCUGGGCAGCUGGCUCUUCCGGUCCCAAAAAUUGCCAUUUUGGGGUCAGCCCAGGGGCAGUAACAUUCUUGAUACCGGAGCCCACUUCUACGAUACGUACGAGACCAAAGACGGGAAGUACAUGGCCGUGGGGGCCAUCGAACCCCAGUUCUACUCGGCCCUGCUGAAGGGCCUGGACCUGCCCGAGAACACGCCCAACUGGGCAGACUUCGAGGGAGGGAAGGAGACGUUCGCCCGGAGGUUCCUGGAGAAGACGCAGGAGGAGUGGUGCCGCGUGUUCGAUGGGACGGACGCGUGCGUCACCCCGGUCCUGGCGCUCCCCGAGGCGGCGGAGCACCCCCACAACGCGGGCCGACGGGCGUUCCUCGAGUGCGAGGAUGGCAGCGUGGCCCCUGCGGCCGCCCCGCGCCUCAGCCGCAGCCCGGCGGCAUCGCUGGCCUCCCUCCCCCUCCCCCGCCAGGCCCAGCACACGGCCCAGAUACUGAGGUCCCUCGGCUACCCAGACCCAGAGAUUACACAACUGGAGGAAGAAGGUGUUAUCGAAACCGUAACCCCACUGUCAAAAUAUUGACGAACAACGUGGAUUGCUACGGUACUGGAAAAAACAGGCUUUCCACACAAAUUUGUAACAAAACCCCUCUGAAUAAUUUUCCAUGACCAAAAUUACAAAAAAUUCUGUCAAUAUUUUUUUUUUUGAAAAUCACCCAUCUAUUUGGCAAUUUCCUGAAAGUAAUAAAACAAAACCCAGCCUCCACAAUCCCCACAGCUGGCCUAUUUCCAACAGAACUUUGCAUACACCAUUUUAAUGUUUAUACCACAUAAAAAAAAAAUGCUGUCAGUUUGCAUGAAUGCAGUCUGGACUAUGAUUUUUAAAUAAUUUGAAAUAACUUUCCUGACUUUCCAGAAUGUAGACAGCCUGUGAAAUCAUGUUAUGUAUGUGAGUUAGGUUCACUAAGGAAGCAUUAAUGACUAUGUACAAAUAUAACUUUUGUAUGGUACUGUUUGUAGAGAGAUAUUUACAGAAAUAUAAUAUAUUUUUUUAUGAA